AUGACCAUCGCACUCGCACUAUCUACGCUACAAGGCAAAAUCUUGGGAUCUCCCUGGCAUCUCUUAGCCGUAGUGGCCCUCGUCCCAUGCCUCUAUGUCCUUCUCAAUGAAUUCACCCGCGCGUCCACCCGUGUCCCAGGCAUGAAAGGCCCUCGUGGGUUGCCGCUCAUUGGGAACCUCGCGCAGAUCCGAACCAAUGCUGCAGAACAGUACCGGUUAUGGUCCAAGACGUAUGGCCCCGUCUAUCAAAUCCAGUUGGGCAAUGUUCCGGUCGUUGUCGUGAAUUCUGCCGCGGCGGCCAAGGUGCUUUUUGGUCAAAAUGCACAAGCGUUGAGCUCCCGGCCCGAGUUCUAUACAUUUCACAAGAUUGUGUCUAAUACUGCCGGUACGACCAUUGGUACGUCUCCGUACAGUGACUCGUUGAAGAGACGUAGAAAAGGCGCUGCGUCGGCUCUCAACCGUCCAUCGGUGGAAACGUAUGUCUCUCACUUGGAUGUUGAGUCCAAAGCCUUUGUUGAGGAGCUGUAUAAUCUCAGUCUGGCCUUGACGCUAAACUGGGGCGUGCGAGUCGUGUCGCAAGAGGAGACAUUGUUCGAUGAAAUCACCCACGUCGAGGAGGAGAUUAGCAAGUUUCGAAGUACCACGGGCAACCUGCAGGACUAUAUUCCCCUACUGCGACUCAACCCAUUCAACACAAACUCGAAAAAGGCUGCGGAAAUGCGAAUGCGCCGGGAUAGGUACCUGGGCUCCCUCAACCGUGAUCUGGAUGACCGCCUGAAACGAGGGGUUCAUAAGCCAUGCAUUCAGGCCAAUGUGAUUCUCGAUCAGGAUGCCAAGCUAAACACCGAGGAGCUCACGUCGAUCAGUUUGACCAUGCUCUCCGGUGGACUUGACACGGUCACGACGUUGGUCGCUUGGAGUGUUGGGCUGCUCUCCGAACGCCCUGAUGUCCAAGACAAAGCGGCCACGGCCAUCCAGGAAUUAUAUAGUGAGAAGGAACCAAUGUGUUCGGCUGAUGAUGACCAGAGGUGUGCAUAUGUUGCAGCCUUGGUCAAAGAGUGCCUCCGGUCGGUUCUCGCGGCUCCGAGAGACUGGGAUUUGGGUGUCGAAACUGACUCGAGCGCUAGGUUCUUCACGGUUCUCCGGCUGGCACUCCCCCGUACGUCGAUUAGGGACAUUAAUUACAAGGGCACGGUGAUUCCCAAAGACACUGUCUUUUUCUUGAACGCUUGGGCGUGUAAUAUGGAUCCCGAUGUGUGGUCUGACCCCGACGUGUUUCGCCCCGAGCGGUGGCUUGAGCAACCCGACGCCCCCCUAUUCACCUAUGGGGUGGGGUAUCGGACGUGUGCAGGCUCGCUGCUCGCCAACCGGGAGUUGUACUUGGUCUUUAUGCGGACGCUGAACAGUUUUCGCAUCGAGCCCCACGACACCAUGGACUGGCAUCCCGUUCGGGGCAACUCAGAUCCCACCAGUUUAGUGGCUAUCCCGCAGAAGUACAAGGUCCGAUUCGUGCCACGGGAUGAAAUGGCUUUGCAGAAGAUUCUGGCCGUCUCCUGA